CCAACAAUGGUCUUCAAACGAGUCCCUUACGCCAUCGGGUCACCCUUCACAUCAGCCUCACGUUCUGUUCCUCGUGAUGCAAGGUGCGCAGAUGUAUGCUAGGACCAUACCGCCGCCCAAGAUCAGAGCGAUCAUAGCCAUGGUCGUCCACGUGGCCGAGCUCGAGGUAACGCGGGUCGGCACCAGCCUCUUUAUCGCCGGCAACUCGGCGACCUCCUCGGUCGCCAAGCCCCACCUCCUGGCCUUGGCGAUAAGGGACCUCAGGCGCCGCGACGCCUUCUCGCAGGACCUCCUCGACGUCCGCUUCGAUAAGCCGUCUAAACAGUUCCCGAAGUGUCCCAUAAUAUCGCGACGUGUCUCAUUCUUAAGUCAAUCCAAGUGCUGCGACAAGUUCCGAACCGCGAUCGACCGAAACUGUCGUGAAGUAUGUCCUAGUAAUCGGGCAGCGGGGGCACGUAAACCGACGUGCGAGUCCUGUCUCACUCGCUCAAUGCUAUAUCAUGAUCCGCGCCAUUUUCGAAAAUCGAGGGGGGAUAUUAUAUCCUCCGAAAUUCGAACAGCCCUCUCGAUUUACGCCGUGCUCCGACUCGAAGAAGAUCGGAUCUCUUCUGAUAAAUUAGCAUUGUAUAGUGACUGGUGA